AUCCUUAACUUGCUAUUAUAAUUAAGUAGUCAAGCUGCUUUUAUUUGCGUCUAAUUGGGUUGGGUGCACUUCGUACCGUUCACGUGCUCGUGCAAAUCGAUCGAUAGUCCUAAGGUGCCAAAAAAAAAAGGCACCAUAUCACUCAUAUCAUGGUCAACCCGUCUGAGCACGUCUGUGUCGGGAUGACGAUUAGCCUUUCACUUUUGUUGGACUCACAACAUAUAUAUGCAUACUAUAGUCACUCAUUUUUUUUUUUGCGAACGUACUAUAUAGUCACUCAUUUAAUUAACUUAAGUUACUCUCCUAUCAAAUUACCACACGAAAUUAAUUUCUAGCUAUUAUACUAGAAUUUGUUAUAGCCCUUGGAAUUUCUCUAAUGUAAAAAUAGAUAGCUCAUUAUUAUUGGCAUCACCAUAUAACAGAUUAUAUGCUCCACUGCAACUUACGAACAUAUUUGCUGCACAUUAAAGUUCAAGGCCCAGUAGAUGUUCCUCGUCUAACACAGCGUUGAUUACAAGUUUCACUUCUUACUUUUAUAGAUAGCAAACAUAGACCCACGGCAAAAGUUCCUUCAACAAAACAACGAUUACAAUUUAGAGCUAGAAACUUGACUAGCACCGCCCUACUCAUGCUUCAUGCAAAGAAACGGACAUCUUUGCUAGUCAUUACUAAAUACUCCCACAACGUUGAGCACAGUACAAGAAGGGGUACUAGCUAGCCGUAGGACAUUUCGUAGCCCACAGUACACCCGUAGACACAUUGACCAUCAAUGCAAUAUUGGAUCGAUCGGAGAAAAAUUCUAAGAAAGCUGCAUAGCCCUCCGGCCAUUACUACUAUACUAACUAUACACAUGUUGACCAGCGAGGGUCAGCGCAACUCUCGGACGUGCACUUGGCGCGUAAGGUCGAUGGGAUCGCGCGGCCUUGGCGCGCAACUCCUAGUUGAUGCUGACACUUGAAGGUCUGUACGGCCCCUCCAUUCAGGGGACGACGGAUUGGAGCCGCUCGCCAUGCAGGGGCUAUGUUUAGCAAUGGCCCGCGGUGCAGGUAUAUAAAGUAGAAGCAGCAACCCGCUUGUCAUCAUCUUCACUUUAAUGCCUCCUCUCAGCUCAGCUGCAUGCAUCAUGGCGAUGUCCACAAGCAAGUCGUGAUCGAUCGAUCAUGGCGAUGGUUAUGGAGAGCCAGCAGCCGCUGGCGCCGCCGAUGCCGGUGGUCCGGGCGCCGCCCCUGCCUCCUCCUCCUCCCCCUCCGCCGCUGCCGCCACCUCCGCAGGCGUACAAGCACCGCUGCAGGGUGUGCAAGAAGGGGUUCAUGUGCGGGCGCGCGCUGGGCGGCCACAUGCGGGCGCACGGCGUUACCGAAGUCGACGGGCUCAGCGCCGACGACGACGACGACCUCGACGAUGACGCGGGCCCCUUUGGCGGCGCAUGGGACUCUACGGAGGCGGCGGCGGCGGCGACGACGACGACGAAGCGCAUGUACUCGCUCCGCACCAACGCGGGCCGGCACAAGAAUUGCAGGGUGUGCGAGAACUGUGGCAAGGAGUUCACGUCGUGGAAAUCGUUGCUGGAUCACGGCAGGUGCAGCUACGAUCGGAAGAAGGACGACCUCAAUAUCGCCGGCACUGACAUCGAUGGCGAAGAUGAGGAGGACCUAACAUUGGCAGCCGGCGGAUGGUCGAAAGGGAAACGUACACGCCGGACAAAGGUGAUCGUUGUGGACAAUGGUCCACAAACUGAUGAGCCGCUGCCGGUGCCGGCCACCUCAAGGGAGGAGGAGGACCUCGCCAACUGUCUCGUCAUGCUCGCAUCAUCGCGUGGUGACAUGCAGCCACGAGCUGUUGUCGAUGUCCAAAAACAACAGCACGCAUCGACGAGCAAGGACGAGCGCGCCUCGGCAGGCAAAGAUGAGCAGAGAUUUCUUGUGCCACCGCAACCAAUCUCUAUGUUACCACCUACCGUACCACAGUUCAAGUUCCUGGCGCCACCACAAGUGAUGCCAUCGCCGCCUGUCAUAUCUCGUGGAUUAUUUGAGUGCAAGGCAUGUAAGAAGGUGUUCACAUCUCACCAGGCUCUCGGCGGCCACCGUGCCAGCCACAAAAAGGUCAAAGGAUGUUUCGCGGCCAAGCUAGAAGAGAGCAGCCGCAAUAACGAUUCCCCGCAACCCAGCGCAGCGUCUUCCAAUGACAACGUCAACAAGCAGGUCGUCGUCGAAGCCAUUCCUGCCAUCGUCGACACCACGGAAUCAUCGAAUGGUGUCGAUGGCAACGCGGAAGUCAACAACAUGCUGCUAAAUGGUAGAACCACCGCGGUUGUCGCGGCCACCUCUGCGCCAGAAAUGGCUAAUACUGUCAUGCAGGUCGACGAGGCGCCCUCAUCCUCCACCACCGUCUCACCCUUGAAGAAGAAGGGGAAGGUGCACGAGUGCUCCAUCUGCCACCGCGUCUUCAUGUCGGGGCAAGCGCUCGGCGGCCACAAGCGGUGCCACUGGCUCACGACGGGGGCCGCCGGCGGGGACCCGACGGUGGUCGCCAAGCUUCAGCCCUUCGCUCCUCAUCAAGAUCAUCACGUCAUGCACGCCGCCAUGUGCCAGCAGCUCACGCUGGGUCCUCCGACGAUGUAUGGCACGUCGGAUUCGUGUCUUGACCUCAACGUGCCCAUGAAUCAAUCUGCAGAUCCAGCCGCCACGAGACAAGCAGCCGGGAUCAACGAAAGCAUGCUGAGCCUGAAUGCACCGGCGUCGCUGUACAUGCACUCAUGGACUGGACAUACCAACAACGACGCGAGCAACAUGCACAACGACACGGCGGCGACAAGUGGUCACUGCGACUUGCCGGAGGCCACCGCCGCCACCGAGGAUGAAGCGGACAGUACGAGUGCCAAGCGAGCCAAGAUCAGUGACCUCAAGGACAUGAACAUGGCUGGGGAGACCUCGCCGUGGCUGCAAGUUGGCAUUGCCCUACCGUCCGAGACGACCAACGAGAGACUGCUCAAGCCUAAAGGCUAGAAUAUAUAUUAUUAUACAUAUAUAUAUUGGAAGCACUUACUUAUAAUAUAUACGUACUAUAUAUAGAUAUGAAUAUUUGAUCGGCAAGUAUAUGUAUAUUAUAAUGUAGGGGGACAGUAAAUAGGCUUAGAAUGCUUGUUUCCAGAAGGCUUCUUUCUUACUGUACGAUUCUUUGAAGGAGCCUUGGAUUUAUAUUAAUAGUUUGUAGUUUCCCAUUUCCACCUUUUCCCCCCAUUUUGCUGUAUGUUACUACUUUGUGUUGUUUUCAUUUUUGUUUAUCUUUGGCAGUUCCAAAGUAAAACCAUAUAUGUAAAAUGUUUUUCCUGCUGUUUUCAGUUUGGGUUAUACUUAUAUCCUUAGUCUCA